GCAAUGUGGGAGACUAAUGUGGGUCAGGCAUAAAGAACAGCCUGUAGCCCCACAAGUUAUUCUGUACUAAGCUGAGGUGACCAUGAGGGCAACUGGACCCUCCUCUGCUAUAAUUCAGCACCUGAAAGCCUUGGGCAUCAAAAUCCGCCUGCCAAAGAAAAUCCCCAGUCCGGAUGUGCAGGCCAAGACUUCCAGUCAUGGCCUGUUCGGGACACCACUGCACUGCCUCCCACCCUGUAUCACAGAAGGAAACAUCCCACAGUUUGUGGUUGAUACCUGCCAGUUCCUCAGCUCUCAUCUUGGUACAGAAGGACUUUUUCGUAAAUCUGGCUCUGUAACUCGUAUCAAAACAUUUAAGGCUCAGCUGGAGUCAAAGGAAUGCAGUUUGGAUUCUGCGCAACCAAGUGAUGUUGCUGCUUUGUUGAAACAAUUUUUCCGGGAACUUCCACAGCCUCUUAUACCUCUGGAGUUGCAGGAGCCCCUCUGCCAGGUUCAUGAAAUGCUGAAUGAAGAGAGUAGAGGAUCAGCCACAAUCUUGGUUACUUGCCUUAUCCCUGCCAUACAUGUAGGGACCCUUAGAUAUUUCUGCACCUUUCUUCAGAGUGUGGCAUCCAGGUGCAAUGAAAACCGGAUGAAUUCAUCUAAUCUGGCUGUAGUUUUGGCUCCAAAUCUUUUUGCAAGCACAGGGCUGGGUGAAAGGCUGACACAUGGUAUUGAACGGCAACUCCAACUCCAGACAGCUGUCAUGCAAACUCUGAUUGACAAUGCCAGCAGUAUAGGACAGCUGCCUUCAUUUAUUCUUGGCAAGAUUCCUCUUGCACAUGACACUGUUGAAGAAGAGUCAAUGACCCCCAGUGGAGGAGUGAAUAGGAGAAGGCGCAGGCGGAGUAUGAGUGGAAUUGUUAAUGAAGCACUCAGUAAAUUAAAGCCAGGACGAGGUGCAUCUAUCAAUGUCCUGGACCAUGCUACAGGUGAAGAGGGCCAGCAUGAAAGAUACAAAAUCAAGCGUAAAGCAUCUGAGGACUCUGGGAAUGGAGAGCAUUGCACAGCCAAGAAACGAAAGUCUUUGCGAGAUAUUGCAGAUGAAAAACUAUAUAACAAAGACCUAUGUGAACCAGUGAGCUCUGAAUCUCCCCAGAGAGUUUUUAUAGAUGCUUCCCCAGAAUUUCUGUCAAGUCCCAGCACUCCUCUUGUGAUUAGCACAGAGUCACCAGCCAUACCAGCAACUCCUGAAUCAUCCUCCCGGGGACAGAGGGUAAGGAGUAAGCGGAAGGAGAGCAAACGACCAAAGCGUAUGCAUUCUGGCCACAUCUGUGUUUCUCCUGCUCAGAUGGAGAGAAAGGAGAAAGUCCGUAGCUCUAUGCGUCUCUUCCAUCGUAUGCGUGUUCCCAAACAACCGACUUUAGAUGGAAAGAACCUUGAGACUAGUGGUUGGAACAUGAUGAAAAGAAUGGUAGCAGAAGCUCUAGAAGGACCAAUCUUUAAUGGAAAGGAUUUCCGUGUUGCCCCUUUAUCUUUAAAAGUUUCUGGGCAAGCGAACCCUUUGAUUUCUGAAGAUGCUUCUCAUAAACACCCUAUAUCCCCACCGUGUUUAAGCUCCUCUCCAUUCUGGAAGCCUACACGAAGAAGCAGGGAGAAGUCAGAAACAGCAUAUUCUGCAAAGCAGAAAAGAACUCUUCGCCGCUCUCUCAGUAUGCCAGAAAAAUUGGGAGAAGGUACAGUUGCAGAAGAGGGUCAAGAAAGCUCAAAUCACAAUGAGGAUGCUUUCUCUUUCAUCCAGCAGCAAGAUGGUAUCUCGGAAAUAAGAAUUGAGAAGAGCUCAGCAUUAAAGACAAAAGUAGAUCGAUUGAGUGGUGACAGAGAUUCCUUAUCAUCACCCUCCAAACUGAGUAGUCAUCAGAGUAUUCAUUCAAAAGAUGACUUUUCAUUCCAUAGACAAGUCUCUGUGUCUGAGUUGCAUCAAAACUCACAGUCUUUGAGGAGGAAUGAAGGCCAUACGGCACAGUAUCGAAGUGUUCGGAAGCUGGUGCUGAGUUUUCCUUGGGACCCUCAUAUUAACCUUUCCACCCACCCUAUUAAACGAAAGGGGGCAAGACGCUUUGGGCGCUCCAUAAGCCAUGAAAGUGGGCUUGGCUCAACAGAGGAACAGAAUGGACAAAUUAGUGUGCUAGCUCCCUCCAGCAACAGCCCCAAAAAGUCUCUGAGAGGAAGAAGUCGGCGAUUGUUCGUAAGUCGCAAGAAUAUUACCCUCUGUGCCCAGAAAAGUCUAGAAACCACAAAACCACUCUGUUUAGAUACAAGUGUGGCAGAUCCCGCAGGUCAGUCUUUCAUUAAUAACUGGAAUUUAUCUCUUGUACAACAAAUGAUGGAAGAAUAAAAACAAACUUACAGAAGUUCACCUAAAUACCCUCUAUCUGCCACUAGAAUGGAACCUAUCAGUGACUUUAUAGAUUUCUAAAAAUUGUAGAUGCCAAAACAAACACUGCACUGUACAAACAUAAGUUCUCCCCUAUCACCAGAAGCUGUACAGCCUGGAGGUAAGCACCUUGGCCAUUUCAAAAUAGGCAAUUUACGCAAAAAUUAUCCAGAUGAAUUGUAGGUAACAGCCUGGCCGAAAAAACUCAUUUAUAUUGACUACUUAGUAAAUGUAGGCCUCAUUUAAAUACAUAAUAAAUGUAUAACACCAACCACAGCUAUUUUGUAAGUAUACAGGGGUUUAAUAUUUCUAGGGGCAAUAGAAGUUAUUCCAUAAUAGUUGGUAUGGUUGUGAUUUGUGGCAGCCAAUGAUCUUUUGUGUAUGUAAUCUGAUUUUGUGUAAGCUGAUUUCACUGGCAGUUAAGCUGAAAUGCACAAUUGUUUGUCCACACGCAAUGCUCUUUUUCUUAUUGUGUCUUUGUGUUUUCCCAUUUUUGUGUUUUUAAACUAUUCUUUUACAAAAACAUUUUCAGAUUCUUAGAACUAUGAAUGUACCUUAUCAAUAAAAAAUUGCAUAUUUUGUUUUAA